GACAUGGUGGUGGAUCAGAAGCCAGUCGGGACAUCAAGAUAACAACACAGCAGGCACCAUUACUUCUCGGAACUGUGGCCGCAAAGGGAAAUAAAUAUAACAGCAGGGAUUGCGGAUAAACGUGGAUUCUUCUGGAAGGCCUCAGGAGACACACGGGUCCCGCUGUAACUGUGUUCAUUUUUUGGGGGUAAAGAAGACCAAAGGUGGCACCGUAUUGCCUUCUGGCUAAGUCGCUAACCAUGCAACUUUGUGUCUGAAUCUGCACGCUAAAAGCCUCCGCCGGGAUUUGCAUGGACCCGGAGUCCCCAUGACCGGCUUUUCGCCUUGAGGACACAGCCGGCUGGCCAGCUCGGCGCGGCGGGGCUGACUCGCGUCUCGCAGCCGUGCACUGAGUGCUUCGGUUCGGCGUGAGCUGGAACGCCAUGCCGCUGGUUGGAGGUGGCCCGUUCGCGGAGCUAACUUCCACAAGCUAACGCUAGCUGGACAUCAGAGGCCGCUUCAGGUUGUCGACAGGAUCUCCCGGGUUGGCUAAUUAGAUAACCCCAGACGCACCUUUCUCUGGCCUUUUCCUCCUCACUGUGCUCGCUCUGCGUUGCGGAGGGACUCGUUAAUGUUAGCAUACUUGCUAAUUAGCUCGUUUGUUAGCGAAACCAGUCGUAGCCUCUUGGUUUCGUCCUGAUUGUUUACACUGUGCUAACAUUCAUUUCUAGACACUUACAGUCAGCCUGGAAAGUGGUUUGGAGAUGCACUGUUUACUCGUUAAGCCUGGGUACGUCGUGUCGUAUGUGGAGUAAUUUGCACUAACCUACCAGUACAGGUCAUAUGACGUUUUAAAUCACUUUCAGUUUAGCCACCUUAGUUUGUUUGUGUGGGAUUAUCUUGCUCGGCACACAGGCUUUUGUGUCUGCUGUGAAGGAAAAGGUCACUAAACAUCUAAGUUAAUCCAGUGCUGAUAGCUCUAUUUUGAGUGAAAUAAGUGAAUUCUGUGUGGUAAACUGAACAUUAGCUCCAGGCAGGCUCUGAAAGGCAGGGCUGUUGUUGACCUGGAGAAUAACAAGACAUAUCAGCCACUCAUUCAUGAUUCAUGACCUCUGAGGAAGCAGACUGCUCUUUAUCUGCUGCACCAAGCCACUAACAGUCUUUGUUUCUUGUAUUUAUUCUAACUAGAGACGUACACUAGUGAGUGCAUGAGCAAUAGCCACGUUUAAGGGUUGGAUUUAGCAGCACUUUCAUUUAAACCCCUAUAAGUAGGACUCCUGCUGUGGAUGGGAACAUGAAGACCCCUCUGUCUGAUCUGAACCUGCUUCUGAGUAGCUCCAGGAUCUGAUAAAGGAAAGGAAGAAAAAAAAAGCCCAACAGAGGGGGCCUUAUUGUGUGGACUGUGAAGUGAAGAGGAAAGAGAUGAAGACGCAGAUAAUGAAAGAGGCCCAGGUACAGUGUUGAUCCCACACCAGGAAGGAGACAGGAGUGUCACCGGGCUGCAGACAUGAGCCUCCGCCAGCCCACCUCCACCCUGGACAGGCUCACCAGUCUGACAAUCGGGGACUCGGAGCGCAAAUCCUCCUCCACACAGCAGAAAGAGCAAACGGCGGACGUCUUCACGGAGGCUACAGGUCCUGGGCUCGUCCAGAGAUGUGUGGUGGUGCAGAAGGACCAGCUGGGAUUCGGCUUCACCGUGUGCGGAGAAAGAGUCAAGCUGGUGCAGAACGUGCGGCCAGGUGGUGCAGCGGUCAAGGCCGGGGUCCAUGAAGGAGACCGGAUCAUAAAGGUGAACGGCUCCUUGGUGUCUUCCAUGUCGCAUCACGAGGUGGUCAAGCUCAUAAAAUCUGGAACCUACGUCGCUCUGACGCUACAAGGGCCUCCGCCGUCAGCCGCCUCCCUGCCUUUAGAGCCCCUCCCCACUGACCUUCCCCCCAAUCAAAGAACGUCUCUGGGAGGAGAGGCCCCGCCCCCUCCGCCCCCACCCCUGCCCUCUGGGCUGGGCAUCUCCCCUUCCCAAAGAAUCACGGGGCCCAGGCCACUGCAAGACCCAGAAGUGCAAAAACAUGCCAGUCAGAUACUCAGGAAAAUGCUGGAGCAGGAAGAAGCUGAACUGCAGGGUCUGAUGGACGAGCAGCUGAAGAACCCGUCGCCGUCACUGGAGGAGCGGAUCGAAAGUGCCAAGAGGAGAGCUCACCAAGUCCGAGUCAAGAUUCAGCAAGAUCUGGAGGGAACAAAGUUAGAAUCUAUUUCAAGCUACGUCAUUGCUGGGGAAGGACGAGUGUCAAUGGACUCCAGUGAAGGAGACAUGGAGGUGAGGCCAGUCUCCACCUCUAUAAGCGCAUUUGAGAGCCCCCACUCCUCCCCCUCAUUUUCCUUCAGGACCUCCCUACACCGACGGCAGAACUCCGACACACACACCCUGUCUGACUUGCCUGGAAAACCUCAGAUCAUCGGACCCGAGGAGGAAGAUGAAGAUGGUUAUGCCUUUAAUGAGAUGGACGGCCCGUUCCAGGACAUCGAGUUGUUAAAGUCCCGCCCGGCGCACAUGACGGUGUUCAUGAGAUACGUCUUCACUCAGCUUCUGGACCCCAACCCGCUGCUGUUUUACUUGUCGGUGGAGGCCUACCUGGGCUCCAGCACGAAAGACGCCCGUGCACUCGCCCCUCAGAUCUGCUCCCACUUCCUGGAUCCAGACGCCCCUCUGAAAAUCAAAGUACGAGACGAGUACCUGUCAGAUAUCGAAAGUCGGCUCCAAGCUCAGGAGGACAUCCGGGGGCCUCUCUCAGAGCUGCAGCAGCAGGUGCUGCCCGACAUCCAGGACCAGAUUCAGGACUACAGGAACAAGCAGAUGAUGGGUCUGGGCUCCCUGUUCGGAGAGGGAGACCUGCAGCACCUGGACGGAGACCCCAGCAAAGAGAAGCAGGUGGUGGACCGACAGGUCACGGCCCUCUGGGAGAUCCUAUCCAAGCAUGAAGAAGACAGAAGUUCCCCUCUGGCGUCGGCCGUGCUGCUCUACCUGCGACACUCUGGGAUCAAGCUCCGGGACUCCAAGGUCUUCCCCGGCCUGAGCACGGAGAAGGAGAAGUGGCUCGCGUUCCUCAAGACCAAGAAGCUGCCUGGUGCCAAGAAAGAGAAAGAUGGAGAGGACAAGAAGAGAAAUCCCAUCCUGAAGUACAUCGGCAAACCCCGGACCACAGCACAAUCCACAUUCCAUGUCCCGUUGUCUCCCACUGAAGUCCGUCCCGGCAACGUGAGGAACAUCAUCCAGCAGUUUGAGAAUCACUCGGACACGACGGGCGAGGAGGGCGGCGAGGCCGCCGAGCAUCAGAGGCUCUCCUCCAGCAGCCUGGGCGACGACGCCAUGGACAGCCCAACGGUGUCGGUGCGUCUGGCCCGCAGCGAGUCGCUGAAGGCGCAGGGCGAGGGCCGCCGGCGGGGCGGCGCCGCCGCGGGGAGCGAGUCCGUCCCUCGCUCUCGCAGCGACGUGGACAUGGAGGACUGCGGCGAGGAGGGCGAGGCGGCCGGCCUCAGACCCCUGCAGCACAGCGCCUCGUCCUCUGCGUCCAGCAGCUCGGCACGGUCUCUAGAGAACCCUACACCCCCAUACACCCCUCGGUCCAGGCGCAGGAGUGUGGACUCGCCGCUGGCUCUGCUGCCUGACGCCGCGGCGCCGGACGACGAGGCCUCGGAGCGCCAGAACUGGCAGGACACGGUUCCCCCUCAGCUCCUCGCCACGCUGAGCCCGCGGGAGGUGGAGCGGCAGGCCGUCAUCUACGAGCUCUUCACCACAGAGGUGUCCCACGUGCGCACCUUGAAAGUCCUGGAUCAGGUCUUCUUCCAGAAAAUGCAGUCUGUCCUCAACUCCGAAGAGCUGGCCUGCAUCUUCCCGAACCUGCACCAGGUCUACGAACUGCACGCAAGUCUUUGUGAGGCGAUGAAGAAGCGACGGGAGGCGUCCAUCGUUCAGGAGAUUGGGGACGUAAUGCUGGCCAGGUUUGAAGGUGCGGCCGGAGACGAGUUUCAGGAGCAGGCGUCGCUGCUGUGCGGCCAGCAGUCUCAGGCUCGAGAGCUCAUCAAGAACAAACGGCGGAAAGACCCCCGCUUUGCUCACAUAAUCCAGGAGUGUGAAGCGAGCCCUCUCUGUCGGAGGCAGCAGCUCAAAGACCUGCUGGUGGCCGAGAUGCAGAGACUCACCAAGUACCCGCUGCUGCUGGACAACAUCCUCAAACACACAGAGGCCGCUUCGCCGGACCUCCCCUCGCUCCAGCGUGCGCAGGCGUGCUGCAGAGCGAUCCUGCAGGCCGUCAACGAGGACGUCCGGGAAACGGAGCACCGGCAGCGGCUCAGCCAGUACCAGCGCAGACUGGACGCUGCGCCGCAGUUCAAGAGUCUGGACCUCACCACAAAGAGGAUGAUCCAUGAAGGGCCUCUCACCUGGAAAGUUAGCAAAGACAAGCGGAUCGAGAUCCAGGCGCUGCUGCUGUCGGACUGCCUGGUCCUCCUCCAGAGGGGUCCGGACGACCGGCUGCAGCUGCGCUAUCCGUCCCGCUGGCUGGGUGGCGGCGGAGGCGGCGGCGGAGACAGCAAGACGUCCUUCAGCCCCGUGGUGAAGCUGGACUCGCUGCUGGUCCGCUCCGUCGCGACAAAUAACAGAGCCUUGUAUGUGAUCAGCGCCACGGAGCGGCAGAUCUACGAGCUGGUGGCCGGAACGCCGUCGGAGAAAAACAUCUGGAAAGAGUUGCUUGAAAAGACCAUCUCUACGGCCGUCGGUUCCUCUCCGCUCAUCAAUCACGGAUCAAUAGCGACAUUCUCCCCCAGUCCUCGCAGCUCUUCCCCAGUCUCCGCCGACAGCAUCGCCUACAGAGACAACUCCAUGUCGGAGCUGUCGGAUCCCACGAAGCCCCUUUCCUCCAACGACGACGCGGCGCUCUCCGACGACACGCCCACGGACCGAUCGGAACCCUUCCCGAGCGCAGAGGGAGGGGCCGUCGGCGUGGCCGAGGCCGCUCUGCAGGACGUGGAGACGCUCCGGCAGCUCAUCCUGCGAGACCUGGAGGAGGACGGGUGGAGCCACGACUCGGACGACACGCCCACCAACGAGACGGCCACCGAGCGGAGCGCGCUCGCCGAGCCAACGCCGCCGCCGCCGGAGCCCCUCGAGGCCAUCCUCGCCUCGAGCGCCGGCGAGUGGGAGGAGCCCGAACAGGCUCCGCCCGAACAGGUUCCGCCCGAAGAGGCUCCGCCCGAAGAGGCUCCGCCCGAAGAGGCUCCGCCCUCGGACGCAGAGCUGCAGAGCUUUCAGGUCAUGAGGAAAGCCGUGGUUGCGGGUCCUCCUCCUUCUUCUUCUUCUGUCCCUGACGGCACCUCUGAUCAUGUCUCCCAUCAAUCAGCCGGGUCAAGAGGCGGGGCCAAAGCCGAGGGAAACACUUUCUACCUGGUGCUGCCGUCGGAGCAGGGAGAGAGCGUCACCGACGACCUCGUGACCCCCACGGCCGACGGCCUCCCCUCGGACGGCCCGGUGGCGUCGCUAACGCAGCCCGAGGACCAAACGGCAGGCGGCGGCGCCUACCAGGAGGAGGAGGAGGAGGCGGGCCAGGAGAGGGCCGUGCCGCGGAGACACAUGAUCAGAAAUGUAGACGAGAUUUUUCACACAAUCGAGAGCUUGAUGACCAAGUUGAGACAGCUGAAGGAGAUCGAGGCGGCCCACCACAAGCUGCUGGAGACCCUCAGAGAGCCGCCUGACGAUCAGCACUGCCGCUCAGCCACCGUCUCCCGGACGCCGUCUCUGGAUCGCAGCUCGGGAGACGGUAAAGAGGGCAGCCCAGCGGGGCCCAAGAUCCUGUCCACCGGAUUCUGACGGCGCCGCCGCGUCGCCGGACCCGCUACGCACUUCGUCUUGCAUCCAGACGCACCUGUUGUCCCCACACCUCCCCCCCCCCCCCGCACCGCCAGCCGUGCAGAACAUCACAGGGACCUCAUUUCUUUUGUUUUUUAUUUUUAGUUCUGUGGUUUGGACUCGCCAGGUUUCCAAGGAGCAUCAGAAAAAAAAAACUGGAACAUGAAGGGACGAAGCGACAAGUUGAAGAUGAACGGAAAAGAAAACAAAAAGUCUGAAGGAUGGAAAGAAACGCGAAAGUGAACGAAGGAAUGGAGCAGAAAACCGUUUUUUUUUUUUUUUUUUUUUUUUUUUUUUUUUCUAAGUUUGAGGGAAAAACCAGAGGGACCCAACUCCCCCCCACACACCCCCACCCCCCAGCACUUUACCCACAAUGCAUCUCUUCUGCUGCCUCGACAGCGGACAGAUCAGGGAGCGGAGGAUUCAGGACUGUGUCUUUAUAAUUCAGGUUAUUUGCACUGGGUAAGGAAACCGACGUCUCACACGCGCACACACACACACACACACACACACAGCAUUCAGCCGUCUCGCUCACUGUGGAAGAAACACUCGGCUCCUCCAGCCUCUAUUUGACUACUGACAUGCUGGCAGGCCUCAUUUUCAGCGCCGGGCGACGACAAGCAGGAGGAAAACGCAACAAAAAAAAAAACAAGCGGAUUCGAAGAUUUAAAAACUUGAAUUUCCUCCGGAAAGCCGCCACUUUUCAAGGUCCGACUGUGAAUAACUCUCCAGCACGCCAUAAUCAGCGGUAAAUACUGUGAACCAGCAAACUCACCCGCAUCGCGUUCGGGUCGCAGAGCCUCAUGUGAAGUCCGUUUCCACCUGAAACAAGCGUUUAGUGCAAGGCCACUGAUUUAUUUAGUUUUUUCGUUUUGUUUUUGGGGUGAAAAAACUCACAAAGCCAACCGAUAAACAUAUCUGAGUUGUUUCUGAGGACAUUAACUCCCAAGUAUUUAUUGCAGGAAGGGCUGAGAGUCGGUUCGGUAUGUAGCACUGUGGAAAAACCAGAUUUCUGUUUUCAUGAAGCCUUAUUUUUUUUAAAACAAAUCAAACGUGACGAUGAUUCGCCGCUGUUUAAGUAGGUAAAUCUGUUUGUUUCCACCAAAUGGAUGAAAACUGAGCUGUGGCUGUUUUAUUUGUCAUUUUUAAAAUCCCUAAAUUAAGCUAAUCCAGCCAGUUAAUCUCUAAAUCUCUGUAUUUCAGGGAGCGGUGUUGGUGUUCAUAUCAGAUUAUGUGUAUUUCACAGAAAUCAAACCACUACUUGCAAAGUUACUUUAUCUUUUUUUUUUUAAUGAUGGUGAAUUAAAGCCACAGUAAGGGGGAAAAAAUAGAGGAUUAUUUUUAUUUAGUGUUUUAAAAGUGAAGAAAAAGUCUGAAAUGAAGCUAAUUUGAGGGAAAAUGAUGAGUUGUGCUCAAAGACGUGAAGAAAAGUCCAUUAAAAUGAAGUCAAAACGGCGCAAAGUCGACUAUUUUAACAGUUUUGACUUUAUCUCGCAAAGUUCUUUUCAUUUCAAGCUCUUUUCUUCACACUUUGAACAAUUAAUCCAUGAAACUUAGUAUUAAACUCGGGGUUUCGUGUAAAUUAAUGCUAAAACAAAGUUUCCCUAAUGUGGCUGUAACUCAGUCGUUUGUUCCUCAAACCACACCUGUGUGGGUUUGAUUCUAAUCCAUAAAGAGAAAUGGGAAUUUACGCUGCGAAUUAAUUUCUUUUGACAUUCCCAUCUGAGAGGACGGAGUUUCAGUUUCACUCACCAGCGGUUCACCAGCUGCAGAACUGACUGCACUACAGUAAAAAAAAACAAAACCCUAAACAAGCCACUUUCUACACUUGAUCUCUCCGUUUCACUAAGAAGAGAAGAGAAACAGCAGCUGACCUCGAAGGAACUCGCAAAGGAAAAAAAAACACAAAGUUCCACCAAAGUGAGAUGUUUCAAAGGGAUUUUUCGUGAUGUUUUCAAACCAGAUUUCAGUUCUGUUCACUUUCAGUACUAUUUUCACGUCUCGUCACUCAGCUAUACUUCACAGAGAUAACAAAGCUUCUCUCUCUCUCUCUCUCUCUCUCUCUCUCUCUCUCUCCUCUCUCUCUCUCUCUCUCUCUCUCUCUCUCUCUCUCUCUCUCUCUCUCUCUCUCUCCUCUCUCCUCCUCUCUCCUCUCUCUCUCUCUCUCUCUCUCUCUCUCUCAUAUCUCCAGUUUCUACCUCUGCACCUCCUCCUAUCUUCAAUAAUUCCCUUUUCAUUCAUCUUGUACAUUGACAUCAGCGUUGCGGCCGCGAGCGGCUUCAAACUAAAACUGAUUUUCCUUUUUUUUUUAAAAAAAAAAAGAAAAGAAAAAAAAAAGUUGUUGCACAAAAUCUUCCCUGCACAGUGCGAACUACUGUAUGCAUAAACACGUCUUUAACUAUCAUCUCAUUGUCUUUUUUUUUAAUUAUAAAAAAAAAACCACACAUGUAAUAUAGAGAUCAGACCCACUUGUUUUAUAUGUUAAUUUCUUUCUGUAAAGACUUAGUCCUCGUAUUUUGAUUUUAUUUUUGUAGAUAUGAUUUU